UCGUUAGCAAUAAUUUUUUUGCUGGAAGUCUACUUCAUCAUUUAACUCCGACAAUCAAUCCAUGGUUCAACAGAUUCUGAUUCCUUGAAUUUAUUUUCUCGCGAUUUUCAAUCAAAUAAUAGAAGAAAGAACAGAAACAACUAUAAACAGAGCAUACUAUUCAUACUAUCAUGUUUCCAUUUCAAAGAGAAACAAAGCUCUGUAAGGAAUAAACAUGAAGCUAAUGAAUAUAGCUGCUGUAGCGAGCAUACUGGUUUUGUUGGCUUGCGCGCCAUGGUGCGCAUACUCGCAGGAGCGGCUCCUUGUUCGGAUGACUCUGGUUCGAAACGCUCCUGCUCUUGGUGCCUUUUGCUUAGAUGGGAGCCUGCCAGCGUAUCAUCUACACAGAGGAUUCGGCAAUGGAGCAAACAAUUGGAUUUUGUUCUUUGAGGGAGGUGGGUGGUGCGGACACAGAGAGCAAUGCUUGGACAGAGCCAAAACGAGCUACGGAUCAACAAAUCACAUGAACAAGUGGGCAAUUUUUUCCGGUAUCUUAAGUAACAACGCCUCCCUCAAUCCAGAUUUUUACAAUUGGAACCGAGUGAGGCUGAGAUAUUGUGAUGGAGCCUCAUUUGCUGGAGAUGGCAAGUUUGCUAAUGGGACAUCGUUGCUUUACUUCAGAGGGCAAAAAAUAUGGGAAGCAAUCAUUCUUGAUCUUCUACCCCAAGGCUUGGCAAAUGCACAUAUGGCUUUGCUAGCAGGUUGCUCAGCUGGGGGUCUGGCGACCUUUCUGCAUUGUGACAACUUCACCAGGAUGUUACCGAAUGCUAGUGUGAAUUGCUUGAGUGAUGCUGGUUUUAUCCUGGACGAAAGAGAUGUAAGUUUGAACCACACCGUAAGGUCUAUCUUUGAAGAUAUAGUUUCUCUUCAGGGAGUAGAGCAAAAUCUUGAUCCCAAAUGCACCAAGUCCAUGAACUAUCCUAAGCUGUGCUUCUUUCCACACUAUGCCUUGAAAUAUAUCACAACUCCAUUUUUUGUCUUGAACUCUGCUUACGAUGUAGUCCAAUUUCAUCGAUUUUUGGUGCCACCUUCUGCUGAUGUUGAAGGAAAAUGGAAACACUGCAAGCAUGAUCCAGCAGCAUGCAGUGCGGACCAGAUAGCUAUAUUGCAAGGUUUCAGGCGUGACAUGCUUGAAGCAUUGAAUUUCUUUCUUAAAGAUUCACAUAGAGGGGGAACUUUCAUAAAUUCAUGCUUUGCCCAUUGCCAAAGUGAUGCACAAGAAUCAUGGUUUGCCGUUAAUUCUCCAAGAAUACACAAUAAGACCAUUGCUGAAGUAGUUGGUGAUUGGUACUUCACCAGAAGAGAAGCAAAGGAGAUUGAUUGUGAAUAUCCUUGUGACACAACGUGCCACAACCUAAUGCCAGUGCCUCAGUCUGAAGUGCAAACAUUGCAGAUUUCAUUGAUGAUUCAUAAAUAAGUCGAAAAAGACAAUUACAAGCUUCCCCUGUUCUCAAAGAGUUGAACCUUUUUGGUGGCUUCUUAUUGAGGGGGAUGCUAAAAGGAAGUAUUGGAUUAGAAUACGUCAGCAGAUUUUAUUAGACUUGCACAAGUAGUCAUACAUGCUUUAAUACACUACGUCAAAAAGGUCGAUAUACCAUUCAUUGAUAUACGUCCCUCGCAACAUUUGAUCAGAAGAGACCUUAGCGUAUUAGAAGAGCUUAUGCUAAAUGUAAUUUGCUUGCUGAGCCAAAUUGCCUUACAGGGUACGGACUGUGCAAAAUGUGGUUCAGUUGGCAACAAAACCUUGACAUCAAAAGCUGGUUCCCAUGACAGGAUUUGGAGCAAGUACUCAA